AUGAGUGAUCAUCCUUAUCGCCAGAAGGCAGUUUCGACAAAUGCGCCAUAUCCAGUUGAAGAUUAUGGAGAGUCAUUACCACCACAAGAGGUCGGAAACAACAGCGUUGGACACGAGUCGAGUGGAUCUCUAGUACAGGCACCAGGAUCGGGCUAUCAGACACCAGUUAGAGAGAUGGAGGCUCCAUUGCCUUUGGGGGUGCUUGGGGGUAAUAACGAGACGGACGGAACAGCGGGCACUAAGGCCCCAUACCCGGUGUAUGAGUCGCUGACGCCACCACCGGUAUUUGCCCAGAAAGAACCACCUCUUAUGUCUCCAAACUCGAACCCUCUAUCCACCACUUCGUCUGUGACGAAUCUCAACCUCAACCAAAAUGCAUUGGAUAGUCAGAUUUUCUCGAAAUCGGAGACUAAUUUAGUUAAUUCGGCUCCUGAUUUCGCUAAGUUUGGCCACAAUAGGUCUGUAUCAUCGACCUCGUCGUUUUUCCACGACCGUUCUGACAAUGCCAGUAUGGUUGACUUUAGUCAGAAUAUUAUACAACAAUACCUCGGUGAUAAUUCAAGCCACUUAUUGCCUAGAAUCAAGACCAUUGAAUUGUACAGAAAGAAUGCUAAGAGGUCCAAUGACCCAAGUGUGUUAUUCCAGUACGCUCAAUAUAUGUUACAAACUGCUCUCAUGUUAGAAUCAACUGAUGUUGGUUUAAGUACUACUAAUACUCCCCAAGGACAUUCGAUUGAAAAUUCACCUAAAAAGGGUCCAUUGGACAAAGAAGCCAAUACUUCAUCAUUAACAUUAGGUAGUGAUAUAUUCAAAAAGUCACACAACAAAUCAAAAUCGGCCGCAUCGCUUGAUUUUAGCAAUUCCGAUAUCAACUUGAACGACAAGAAGUUGAAAAGAGCAUUGUUGAAAGAAGCACUUUUCUAUUUAAAAAAAUUGUCUGAUAAGGGGUAUGUUGACUCACAAUAUUUACUAGCUGAUGCUUAUAGUUCGGGAGCAUUAGGAAAAAUUGAAAACAGAGAAGCAUUUGUGUUGUUUCAGUCCGCAGCCAAACAUGGCCACGUAGAAUCAGCUUAUAGAACAUCGUACUGUUAUGAGGAAGGUUUGGGAACGGGGCGUGAUGCGAGAAAAGCCAUUGACUACUUGAAGAUGGCAGCAUCGAAGAAUCACCCGGCGGCUAUGUACAAAUUAGGGGUGUACUCCUUCUACGGAAGAAUGGGAUUAUCAUCAAAUGUGAACACUAAAAAGGUUGGAAUAAAAUGGCUUACUAGAGCUUCUAAUGUCGCCAACGAGCUUAUCGCAGCAGCACCUUAUGAGUUGGGAAAAAUUUAUUUUAAUGGGUUCCAGGAUAUUGUCAUUGCUGAUAAAAAAUAUGCAUUAGAAUUAUACGCACAAGCUGCAGCACUUGGCCAUGUCCAAUCGGCCGCUAUUCUAGGCCAAUGCUACGAGUUUGGAGAUAUUCUUCCCCAAGAUUCAAAUCUCUCGAUCCACUACUAUACCACUGCCGCAUUAGGCGGAGAUCCAGAAUCGAUGUUGGCAAUGUGUGCAUGGUAUCUUGUUGGAUCAGACCCAUAUUUACCUAAGGACGACACCGAGGCAUUCGAAUGGGCCAAAAGGGCAGCCAUGUGUGAUUUACCAAAAGCCCAGUUUGCAUUGGCUAACUUCUAUGAAAAAGGAAUCGGCUGUAUCAAAAAUGUUAAUGAAUCGCAGCACUGGUAUCAAAAAGCUGCGCAAAAUGGGGACGAAAAGUCGUUGUCAAGAAUUACAAAUAAGGAAUUGGCUUCUUCAAUCCAGAAGAAGUCCAAGAAGAGAGCUGUUUCAUCAAAGACCCCACCAUCUGCCAACGGGGCCCAAGAGAAGGAUUGUAUUAUCAUGUAA